GUUAGAGUAAACUGUAAAAGACAAAAGUGUUCUGUGGUCAGUCAGUACUCAGUACUCAAAAUUGUUAUUAUUAGAUUGAGAAUUCGAUAUAAUAAUAUUAGGCAUUUCGUUUUGAUUUUUGAAGCUAUUAGCGAAUUGUAAAAGCAAUCAAUAUUCAAUGUAAACUACACACAAAAAAGUUAUUGUGUGUACAGUCAUUAACAUUUUAAGAAAAUUAUUAUAAAAUGUCUACACCACCCCGUGAAACUAUUCAAAAACAAAUUCAACAAGAUUGGGCUAAUAGAGAAUAUAUUGAAGUUAUUACAGGAUCAAUAAAGAAAAUAACAGAUUUUUUGAAUUCCUUUGAUAUGUCUUGUAGAUCUAGGCUUGCAACACUGAACGAAAAGUUAACUUCGUUGGAAAGAAAAAUUGAUUAUUUGGAGGCUUGUGUUACAAAAGGCGAGACUUUAACAUAGAUUACUUAAAGAAGCAAUAAUUUAUUGUAUCAUGCUAAUUCUUAAAUUGUUAAUUUACUGGAGAAAAACUUAAAUUAUUGGAGAUACUGUAUUUUGUAGAUGGCUUGAUCCGUUGCAUAUGCAUAGAGAUAUUAUUUAUUGAGAGUCUUCUACUGCAACCAUCACAGGGAGUGUUCUGAAGAUAUUAACCUGAUCCUUGCCACAAAAAACCAGAAAGAAUCUGGACAUAUUUUAGGUAUUGGACAAGCUACUAUGAUUGGACAUAGUUAUUUGAUGACUUACCUUUUUUCAAUCCAUACCUUUAUACUAUGUUCUUUACUUUAAUUAGGUUUAUAAUAAAACAAUAUUAAUAUAUACAA